CCAUCUCUCAUUCUGGGGAGUACACUCUGCAAUCAAAUUAUCAGUUAUACGUCCUCAAGUUUCCAAGAUGUCGGAUGCUAAGGCCCCCGCGGCCACCGUUCACCCUAGGAGGAAGAUCCAGUUGGUGGACUUUCUUCUUUCGUUCCGAUGGAUCAUUGUUAUCUUUUUUGUCCUUCCAUUCUCGUUCUUGUAUUACUUCUCCAUAUAUCUAGGGGAUUUGAAGUCUGAGAAGAAAUCUUACAAGCAACGCCAGAUGGAACACGAUGAGAAUGUUAAAGAGGUUGUGAAGCGCCUUGGACAGAGGAAUGCAGAAAAGGAUGGUCUUGUCUGCACGGCCAGGCCUCCUUGGGUUGUUGUUGGAAUGAGAAACGUUGACUAUAAACGUGCUCGUCAUUUUGAAGUUGAUCUUUCUAAGUUUAGAAAUAUACUUGAUAUUGACACGGAACGUAUGGUUGCCAAAGUUGAGCCUCUUGUCAAUAUGGGCCAAAUGUCAAGGGUCACUAUUCCAAUGAAUCUUUCCCUUGCAGUUCUUGCUGAGCUUGAUGAUCUUACCGUUGGUGGUUUGAUCAAUGGGUUCGGGGUCGAAGGAAGUUCUCACAUCUUUGGAUUGUUCUCUGACACUGUUGUAGCACUUGAGGUUGUUCUAGCUGAUGGAAAGGUUGUUAGAGCUACAAAGGACAACGAAUAUUCUGAUCUUUUCUACGCUAUUCCGUGGUCUCAAGGGACAUUGGGGCUUCUUGUUUCAGCUGAAAUCAAGCUUAUACCAGUUGAUCAAUACGUAAAACUUACCUACAAACCUGUAAGGGGUAAUCUUAAAGAGCUUGCACAGGCUUAUGCGGAUUCUUUUGCACCUAAAGAUGGAGAUCAGGACAAUCCUUCUAAAGUUCCAGAGAUGGUAGAAGGCAUGAUUUAUGGUCCAACGGAAGGUGUUAUGAUGACCGGUAUGUAUGCUUCGAAGAAAGAAGCCAAACGAAGGGGUAAUGUAAUCAACAAUUAUGGUUGGUGGUUCAAACCAUGGUUUUACCAACACGCUCAAACCGCACUGAAAAGAGGGGAAUUUGUGGAGUACAUCCCAACUAGGGACUACUACCACAGGCACACGAGAUCGUUGUAUUGGGAAGGGAAACUAAUUCUUCCAUUUGGUGAUCAGUUCUGGUUUAGGUUCCUCUUAGGAUGGCUCAUGCCACCAAAGAUUGCUCUGCUCAAAGCCACCCAAAGUGAGGCUAUUAGAAACUAUUACCAUGACCAUCAUGUCAUUCAGGAUCUGCUUGUUCCUCUUUACAAGGUCGGCGAUUGUCUCGAGUGGGUUCACCGCGAGAUGGAGGUAUAUCCCAUUUGGCUCUGCCCACACAGAAUUUACAAGCUGCCUGUGAGACCUAUGAUCUACCCUGAACCAGGAUUUGAGAAACACAAAAGGCAGGGUGACACGGAAUAUGCACAAAUGUACACUGAUGUUGGUGUGUACUAUGUUCCGGGAGCAGUCCUGAGGGGUGAGCCAUUUGAUGGUUCAGAGAAAUGCCGCCAACUUGAGCUUUGGUUGAUAGAAAACCAUGGAUUUCAGGCUCAAUACGCGGUGACUGAGCUGACAGAGAAGAAUUUCUGGAGGAUGUUUGAUAACAGUUUGUACGAGCAAUGCAGAAGGAAGUACAAAGCUAUCGGAACAUUCAUGAGUGUGUACUAUAAAUCGAAGAAAGGAAGGAAGACAGAGAAGGAAGUGCAGGAAGCUGAGCAAGAGAAAGCUGAACAAGAGACUCCUGAAGCUGAUGAACCUGCAAAUUGAUUUCGAAGAAUUUCUCAGACUUUUUAUUAUGAUCAUCCAUCUGUUUAGUUGUUUCUAGUAUGAAUUUUCAUUUUAAAUAACCAGCUACAUUGAAGAACUAUUACUAGUAAGGUCUGCUUGUCUGUUCCAAAUUCAAAUAA